GCGGACGCGGGGGCCGUGCGCCGGGGGAGCGGGAUGUGCGCGGAGAGCCGCCGGCAUCUCUGCCGCGCGGGACGGAGCCGCGGGAGCGACGCUGGAGGGGUGAAGUCUCCGUCUGGCCGCCCGCAUGGAGCUGAGCAGCGCGGAAGGGGCAUCCACCCGGUUCCUCGGCCUCACUCAGCGCUCUGUCUCUGAAGAUCUGGGUUGCAGACGUGGAGAGUUUAGCAGAAAGCAUUAUGGAUCUGUGGAGCUUCUUAUAUCUAGUGAUGCUGAUGGAGCCAUUCAAAGAGCUGGACGGUUCCGUGUGGAAAAUGGCUCCUCUGAUGAGAAUACAGACUAUGCUCCAGGUACAUGGCACAGAACAGAUGUGCAUUUGGAAAACCCAGAGUAUCAUACAAGAUGGUACUUCAAGUAUUUUUUAGGGAAAGUUCAUCAGAAUUAUAUAGGUACAGAUGCAGAGAAGAACCCUUUCUUCCUGUCUGUUGUACUGUCUGACCAAAAUAAUCAGCGCAUUCCUCAAUAUCAUUCAAUACUUUGGAGAAAAACAGGUACUCAGAAAAUAUGUCUCCCUUACAGUCCCACAAAAACAUUAUCAGUGAAAUCUAUAUUAAGUGCUAUGAGUCUUGAUAAAUUUGAGAAGAGCCCAAGAGAAAUUUUUCAUCCUGAGAUACAAAAGGAUUUAUUGGUUCUUGAAGAGCAAGAGGGAUCUGUGAAUUUUAAAUUUGGAGUCCUUUAUGCUAAGGAUGGUCAGCUUACAGAUGAUGAAAUGUUCAGUAAUGAAACUGGAAGUGAAAGUUUUCAACGAUUUUUGCAUCUCUUGGGCGACACAAUUACUUUGAAAGGCUGGUCAGGCUACAGAGGAGGACUGGACACUAAAAAUGAUACAACUGGAACCUGUUCCAUCUAUACAGUUUUUCAAGGUCAUGAAAUUAUGUUCCAUGUUUCCACCAUGCUACCAUAUUCUAGAGAGAACAAGCAGCAGGUAGAAAGGAAGCGACAUAUUGGAAAUGACAUUGUCACUAUCAUAUUUCAGGAAGGUGAAGAGUCUUCUCCAGCAUUCAAGCCAUCCAUGAUUCGCUCUCAUUUUACACAUAUUUUUGCUUUAGUGAGAUACAAUAAGCAGAAUGAUAGUUACAGGCUGAAAAUAUUUUCAGAAGAAAGUGUUCCUCUCUUUGGGCCUCCCCUUCCAUCCCCACCUGUAUUUACAAAUCACCAGGAAUUCAGGGAUUUUGUGUUGGUGAAAUUAAUAAAUGGUGAAAAGGCCACCUUGGAAACACCAACAUUUUCUCAGAAACGUCAACGCACUCUAGACAUGCUGAUCCGCUCUUUAUACCAAGACAUGAUGCCUGACCUGCACAAGGGAAAUAACAUGCUUAAUAGAAGAUCCUUCAGUGAUGUGUUACCAGAGUCCCCAAAAUCAACACGGAAAAAAGAGGAAGCUCGACAAGCAGAGUUUGUUCGGCUUGGUCAGGCAUUGAAAUUGAAAACCACUGUGAAAGGGGAUACCACAGCUAACUUGGCAACCACAAGCUUUUGUAAAAAGGAGCCUUGGGAAUCUCAGUCUUUCUGCAGUAAUUUUCCUCAUGAGGUUGUCUGUGCAGAUUCUUGGGGCCAGUCCUUGCUGGUUUCUACAGAUGCUGGCAUCUUGUUAAUAGAUGAUGGUCAACCGUCAGUGCAAGUAUUUGAUAAAACUCUCCAAAUAAAGCAGAUGAAUGUGUUGGAAGCUCUGAAUCUUUUGAUUGCCCGAACAGACAAAGGGAAAGACUCUCGUAUCCUUGUCUUCAGACUCAGUGAUGUCCAAAAAGAUUUAGAGACUAAAAAAAUUAUAAGAAGCAAAUAUGACUGCAGAGAAAAUAAACUGGAGAGAACAAAAGGCUGCCAUUUGUAUGCCAUUAAUACUCAUCAUGGAAGUGAACUGAGGAUUGUUGUGGCUAUUCGGAACAAACUACUUCUCGUCACAAAGAAAUAUAAUUCACACAACACUUUAACCAGCACCUCUCUGCUAUCAUCUCCUGAAUCGCCAGUAGAGGAGUUCCAGUACAUCCGGGAAAUAUGCCUUUCUGACCCUCCGGUGGUUAUGACGCUGGUGGAUGGACCUACUGGAGACAGUGACAAUAUGAUCUGUGUAGCAUAUCGGCAUCAGUUUGAUUUAGUCAAUGAGAGUACAGGGGAGUCCUAUAGAUUCCAUCAUGUUGAAACAAACAGGGUUAAUUUUGUUGCAGCAAUUGAUGUAUAUGAAGACGGUGAAGCUGGUCUGCUUUUGUGUUAUAACUAUGUUUGUCAAUACAGAAAGGUAUUUCCUUUCAGUGGAGGUUCUCGACUGGUCCAGCCAUCAGCUUAUGACUUCCACUUCAGCUGGAAUCAAGUUCCUUAUGCUGUUGUCUGUGCUUUCCCUUACGUUCUUGCCUUCACUACUGAUUCCAUUGAGAUCCGAUUAGUGGUGAAUGGGAACUUAGUCCACACAGCAGUUGUGCCUGAGCUUCAACUUGUAGCAUCAAGGUCAGAUAUUUAUUUUAAAGCUACUGCUGCAGUAAGUGGAUCAUCUGACAGCAGCUCUAAGGAAAUGAGUUCAAAGAGCUCUCCUCAAACACCAACAGCUUACGAAAAGCCAGAACUUCCUUCUCUAGAAGGUGAAAUUCCAUGCAAAAACCUGUACAAAAUACCUCUCAGCAAUCUGGUUGGGCGAAGCAUUGAACGACCUCUGAAGUCACCUUUGGUUCCCAAGGUCAUCGCUACUACAACAUCGAGUAGCAUUACUUCUCUUCCAGUUAUGCAGUCACGAUCUUUAUCUCGUAUGGAAAUUAAAGAAAUUGCAAGCAGGACACGUAAAGAAUUGCUGGGCCUCUUGGAUGAGCCUAUACCCAAGACAGAAAGUGCACAGAAGCUAAAAACGGUUUCUCGAAGACAAUCAGACCCCAAGCAGGGAGCCAUAAGAUCAUCUAGUAGUGACAGGAUAAUCUCAAGCUCAUUUGAAGGCUAUUCUGAAAGACGUCAUCUUUCCACUAGUUCAGAUCCUGAUACUUUAGCAAACAGGGAGGAGAGCUCACCACCUAGCUAUCCAUUUCAGCUGAUUUCUUUAUAUGAUGAAGACAUCAUUGACUUAAAAUGAAGACACUUUUAAAACCUCCCUUACUACACAUUUUCUUACAACUCUGUAAGCUCUAUGGCAAUGUCACAAACACUGCUUCUGGUGGUAAAAUGUGGCUGGAAGUACUGGUGAUAUAUCCUUAUAGAACCCAUGUUCUGGUUAGCACAGCCUGAUUUGGUGAUGCUUUUAUCUUUGACAUAGGUAUGUUUUCUCAGUUAAUGAAGCAUUACUUUUUGUGGCAUUCUAACAGUAGGUAAUCAAUGAGAAAUUUAGGCUGAAACUGAAGUAAACAAAAAGUAUUACUUGUUCUAAGCUGCUUAUUAAUUUGAUUUACCUAAAUGACAUGCAGCAAAGUUAAUUGCUGUAAUUACUAUUCAUGAGUUGUUUUACAACAGUGUAUGUCAUGUUGGAAGAGGAAUUUUAUAACAUAGAUCACUACUUUCAUUUUUUCGGUCUUUAAAAAACAAAACAAAACAACAACAAAAGAAGGCUUGCAGGUGAGGUCAUUUUAAGCAGUGCAGUCACUCCUUAAACUGAUGCAUCUGUGGUAUGUUUACUGAAGAAUCUGGUGAGAUAUGGUGUUUCCUUUGCUCAUUUUUAGAGAACCUUGAAAACUCUUUUGGCAUAAAGAAUCCAUGAGCAGAGAAACUUUCUAUAGGAAACACAAACUUUCAGAAUGUUUCUCGAAAAUUGGAAAUUAAAAAAAACUAAAAAACCCACAAACAAACAAAAAAUGCCAAAACAAAAACCCCAGUCCAUCUGCUGGAAAACUCUUAUUGUAGUGCAUCUGCAGAUUUUUCCAUUACAGGCAGAAGAGCCAACCCCAAUUGUCUUUGACUACAAAAAGAUUCUUAUGCAGACAUCAUCAUUAGCUGUUGUCUGCACUUGCACCAACAGUACAAGUCAUUAUUUCAGAUAGUUGUAUUUUUGUAAUUGGAUGCAGACUCAAAUUUCACUGCUAAUAAGCUAGUCUUCUAUGAUGAAAUAGUCAUCUUGUCUCUUAGUGUUAAAAGGCAGGGAUUUAUAUUUAAAGUUUGAUUUUUUUUUACCCUUUCCUGUAGAACACCUUUGCAAAGAUUUUGUUUGGUUUUGGUGUUUUUUCAUGAAAGCCUUUCUAUAUAGGACAUUUUUAGCUUUACUAACAAGUGUUUCUUGUUCCAUCUGUAGAAAUACUUCUGUAUGCUUGAUUUUAUUUCAUAAUACCACUUGUAUGUCAUGAUUUCACUUUUGUUCAAGUAUGAUCAUCUUGCAGAUGUGUGCCUUUUGCUGCCAUCAGUCUGAAUGUAAAACUGGUUUUGCAACGUGAUUUUUUUCUUAGUUUAUUGUAUAUAAUGGCUGAAUUGCUUCACUUGAAAAUAUGCAAGGUCUUACCUGGAAGCAUAAUUUCUUACACUCAAUUGGGGCGGCUAAUCAACACAACAAGCAAUAUUUUAAACAGUAAUUAGUCUAGGAGCAGAAGGCUAUUAUUACUUUAGUGGGUUUUGCACUCAUAGAUGUGUGGGGUGAACCUUAAUAAGCAUCUAAAAGGAAGUACCAGAUUCAAGUCUUUGCAAAAACUUGUAAUUAUUUUUUGAGAAUGUUGUUUCCAGCGAUUGUGCUAUUUUACCCUAUCCGUAUUUAUUUAGACAGUUAAGGUUUAAAAAAAAAAUCAAUCAGAAAGUAUCAUGUGGUAUUUAUUUUCCAGGAAGUUGUAAACACUUCUGAAUCCACUGAAUCUACUUUUGGGGUCACUGCUGGCACUUACCUAUUUUUAGAAAGGAAAAGAACCAGCUUUUUCUAUGAACAGCUUUCUCAAUGUAGUAUUUGAUUUCUGGUUUGUGGCUAUUUUUGAAGAUUGUACCAGCGUGUUGCAAAACUGGGGCUUCAGUUAAAAUUUUAACUGGAAACUUUGCUUUAUCCUGUUAGAAUUUUGGAUUUUAAAUAUACUGCAGAUGUUCACCUGUGCUAUUAUAGCAUGAUUUAAAAUGAUUAACCAUUGUUUGAUAACAGUUGAAGCAAUAUAUGGAGAUUUUAAAACUUGUUUUGAAGAACCUGAGCAAAUACAUACUUAAGUAUCCUGAAAGACUAGCCUUAGAGAUGGAGCGCUAGGGAGAACAAGAAUGAGCUUGACAGAAAGCUUGAUUACUGGCUAUGAUGGUAGUCAGAAUGCAUAUAGAUACAGCAUUUGCAUUAUAUCAUAAACAUGAUUAUUGAAGAAAGGGCUAUAAAGCAGGAGUUAUUUUCUUGAAUAGUAAGUAAAGCAGUGGCUGUAAAGUA